GGAAGAGAGACAGAUAGAUAGAAAAAAGCUUCCUGCUGUUGUCAUGACGAUAUCCUCUUCCCUUUGUUUGGUGAGAUAUUUUAAUAACUAAUUAUUAGACAGAUGUUGAUGCCUCUGGAUGUUCCAUCAUCUAACUUGAUGAAUCUACAGGGAGUCGACAUAAUACUGCAUACACCUCACAGACCUUUUUAUUGAGGCUGUGGUUUUGCAGCUUGUAAUCUGUAUGAACCACGUAGCCCUCAGUCUGCUGUGACGGCUUCAGACCAUGUUCCUCUUUGCUCAAGCUUUUUGUUCUGCGUCCGUGAGCCGUCAAACAUUGUGACACGGCUUUCCUUCAUGUUUUCCACUGGUGUUCCACUAGAGCACCAACUUGACGGCUCUGCCUCUUCAUAACUUUAUGAACGAUGAAAACUUGCCGCAAAUCACCUGUCACACUUCUGAAGGUGAUUGUCAUUGCAUUACUCACAGCUCUUGAAGCACAAGCAAGAGACGUCUGGCCUGUCGUGACGGGAUACGUCGGGCACGAUGUCACCCUGCCAUGCCAAUUCAUCCCGGGACCAAAGGUCAACAUUACUCAGGUUCAGUGGGAGCUCGGAGCUCCAGAAGGAAUUAAAAUCAAAGUUCUUGUUUUUAGUAGUACAUUUGGAGUUAAUAUUUCAGAAUCGUUUCUAAAGCGCAGAGUGGCGCUUGAAGAACAAUCUUUGAUAAUUCGAAAUGUGGAAAUGGGAGAUGCAGGGUCUUACACCUGCAGCGUCGCAGCCUUUCCCAGUGGUUCAUUUCAAGGAAACACCAACCUUCUUGUUCAAGAACAGAUGCCAUUAUCGUCAGGGUUGGUGGCUGUUAUCGUGAUUGUUGUCAUUGUGCUGUUAGUGAUCAUGGCAGCCAUUGUUUACCUGAUCUUCAUCAGAAGAUGUGAUCCUACAGUCAGGCAACGUGUCUCCAUUGAUACAGGUGGUGCGGCGAUGUUUGUGGCCAGGCCUUCUGUUCUUGUAAGAGACGAGGAUGUGGUCUAUUCUCACGUCAAGCACAAAGAAUCAAGAGAUGCUGCAGUUUCCUCCAAUGAGAAACACACAGCCGAUGAUGUCACAUACUCCGAGGUCUUGAUUUUCCAUCAGCAGCCCACAUUAGAUGAAAUCUACGUCUAAGUAAAGACGAAGUUCUCCCUACUUGCAGAGAGCCUCCAGACCCUCCAUUCAUGCUCCUAUAUAUUGUGUUUAUACUACAGCUUCACAACAGGUGAUACAGAAAAAAAAGGAAACAUUGUUUUUUUUCCACCAAGUCCGUCUUUAGCGUAUUAAUGCAUUCUUGAAAAACAAGAGUCUACACUAUUGGUUCCGUGAGGCUCUACUUUGAGCUGAAUGGUCACGUCGGCAUGCUAAUAUGCUGACAAUGACAAUGCUAGCAUGUUGAUGUUUAGCAGGUGUGCCGUCUUUAUCGCAUUAGUUGAACAUUUCAGGCAUCCAACUGGCACUAAACACAAAAGUACUGCUGAGGUUUAUUGGGAAAAUUUGUACCAGACGAUGUUCUCAAAAAUGGAGAAAAAAUGUAAUUAAAUAAAUAAAAUGUUAUAUCAA